GCCCGUACAAAGACUCCGCCCUGAGUGUUUGCGGAAAUAAACCUCCUAUCUUGUGUUGGUUAGCUCUUUUUCAAUGAAAAUACAUUUUAAAAACUGCCGCAAAGGAUAACCCAGAUGUCUAGUCCUCCAACAGAAGAGUUGAUCAAACAGUGGGAAAGCGAGCAGGAGCAGCUGAGGCAGCAGGUGGUGGAGGAGGACACCGAGGACUGGCAGAAGAGUCCAGGCUUCUCCGGCCUGAAGCGGGUUGGUGGCGCAGACCUCUCCUUCAUUAAAGGGGAUGAAGUCAACGCCUGCGCCCAGCUGGUGGUGCUCAGUUACCCCGACUUGAAGGUUUUGUACGAGGACAGUCAAAUGGUGACCCUGACAGCCCCCUAUGUUUCCGGUUUCCUGGCCUUUAGGGAAACUCCUUUCCUCCUGGAGGCGCUGCAGCGAUUGAAGACCACUCAGCCUACACUAAUGCCUCAGGUGGUGUUUGUGGAUGGGAAUGGUCUGUUCCAUUACAGAGAGUUCGGCCUGGCGUGUCAUCUGGGCGUGUUAUCUGGUCUUCCCUGUGUGGGCGUGGCCAAGAACCUGCUGCAGGUGCAGGGCGUGUUUAAAGACCAGCAGCACCAAUCACAAAUUGCUGCUCUGCAAAAAGGAGGAGACAGUUUUCCCCUCACCGUUGCCUCCGGCAAAGUACUCGGAAAGGCUCUGCGAGGCUACGAUAAGAGCUCCAAACCGGUUUACGUCUCUGUGGGUCACAAGAUCAGCCUGGAAACAGCUGUCCGCCUCACACACUCCUGCUGCCGCUACCGAGUACCUGAGCCUAUCAGACAG